AUGACAUCAGUAGAAGAGGAGUACAAUCCAGCUAAGGUGCGGUUGGCCAUGAUGCUACGGGACUGUGAGGAUGACAAGUAUGGUCUUCUGUCCUUUGUGCAGCUCUAUUUUCGUGAAGCUAGAUUCUACUGUAAGUACAGCAGCCACAUCAAACUUUGUUACAAGAUGUUUCCUGGUUUUGAUGUACUGAUGCCAGAAUUCCUUUUAGAGUACAAGGGAGCUCAAGACUCGAAGGCUACAUCUCAGGAAGGGAAAAGCUACCCUGCUGUAGGAUGCCACUACGGCAUCGAGUCUACGGUUCGUUAUAUUAAGAAGGAUGAAAAGAGCAUACGAUCUACGGCCGCAGUGUCCUUUAACCAGGGCGGAGAAAAGAAUUACUGCCGGAAGAAGAACAUCUCCGUGGACACCAAUAUCAUCCGAGAAAAGGCCAAGCAACUUUAUGAUAAGUUUGCGGAUGCCGGAGAUGCUCUAGAUGACGAUCCUCAACCUGGAACUUCUGCUGAAUCCCCCACCGAGAGCUGUGAAUUUACUGCCAGCAAGGGCUGGUUUCAAAAAUUCAAAAAAAGGUUCAACUUGGCCAGUGUGAACCUGCAAGGAGAGGCUGCCUCCGACAAAGCCGCAGCCGAGAAAUAUGUCGCGGACACAUUCAAGGCGAUCAUUAAGGAAGGUGGAUAUCGGCCUCAAACCGUGUUUAAUAUGGAUGAGACAGCGCUAUUUUGGAAGUGGAUGCCGUCUUAUACUUUUAUCAUGAAGGAGGAGGCAAAAGCCCCGGGGUUUAAGGCUCACAAAGAUCGCAUCACGCUGGUCAUGUGCGCCAAUGCUGCGGGCUUUAUGAUAAAGCCUGGGCUCGUUUAUAAGUCCAAAAACCCCCGUGCCCUGAACAAUAAGAAUAAAAACAUGCUGCCUGUGUAUUGGAUGCACAACAUGAAGGCCUGGAUUACGAAACGCCUAACAUCGGAUUGGUUUCACCAAUGUUUCAUCCCGGAGGUAAAGAUCUACCUGGCAGAGAAAGGGCUGGAGUUCAAAGUCGUUUUACUUCUGGACAAUACUGGAGGUCAUCCCUUGGAUUUAUCCUACCAAGGCGUAAAAAUAGAGUUCUUACUGCCGAAUACGACGUCACUGAUUCAGCCAAUGGAUCAAGGAGUUAUCCGAGCUUUCAAGGCAUUGUACACCAGGAACAGCCUGCAACACAUGGUCGUGGCAAUGGACAGGAAUGAUGACUUUUCCCUGAAGGAGUACUGGCGUAAGUACAUGAUCACAUUGUGUAUGGUGAACGUGCAGAAGGCCCUUAACGAUAUAAAGAAAGGGACGGUUAAUGCUUGCUGGAAGAAAUUGUGGCCAGAAGUUGUGCACGACAAGAAGGGCUCUUCUGCAGAACUCGGUGGUUGA